AUGUUGCCACCAACUGCAAACAUAAACAUCAAUUCAAUCAGAAAGAAUCACUACAUAGGGCAUCUACUGAAGCCAUUAAGGCAACAUUCAACGAACAAUUCGGAGAUAAACAUCAGAGGGUGUGCAUUGCAGGUAUUUGUUACUGAUUUAUGGACUGAUCAUACGCUGUGGCCCUUCAACCAAUUGCCAAGGAGUUACAACUUCUUGGUGAAAUAUGACCCUUUAUGGAGAAUGACAUAUUAUUUAUCUGCGCCUUGUGUAGUUCAUCAAUCCAAUUUUGCUGCUACAUCUGCUUUUAUUGCUAGGAAAGUUGCAAAAGGUUUAAUGAAAUACCAGCCGGAUAUCAUUAUUAGUGUACAUCCUCUAAUGAAGCAUGUGCCUCUACGUAUCUUGAGGUCCAAGGGGGUCAUAAAGAAGAUUAUAUUUACUACUGUUGUAACGGAUUUAUGUACUUGUCAUCCAACAUGCUUUCAUAAACUUGUUACAAGGUGCUACUGUCCAUCGGAGGAGGUUGCAAGAAGAGCACUGAAUGCUGGCUUCCAACCAUCUCAAAUAAAAGUUUUUGGCCUUCCUGUGCGACCGUCAUUUGUGAAGCUUGUUUGCCCAAAGGUUGAAUUGAGGAAGGAACUUGAAAUGGAGGGGCAUCUACCUGCCAUACUGCUAAUGGGUGGUGGGGAAGGAAUGGGGCCAAUAGAGGCUACAACUCGAGCACUUGCAGAUAAAAGGCUUGGGGAGCCAAUAGGCCAGGUCCUUGUAAUAUGUGGGCGGAACAAGAAGCUUGCCGAUAGAUUGAAUUCAGUAGACUGGAAAAUUCCUGUCCAGGAAUCUGGAAAUGUGGCAUAUGUUAUCGAGAAGGGAUGCGGGAAAUUCUCAAAAUCACCAAAAGAGAUAGCCAAAAUAGUUGGUGAGUGGUUUGGUCCGAGACAAGAUGAACGAAAAGUGAUGUCUCAAAAUGCUUUAAGGCUAGCAAAGCCUUAUGCUGUAUUUAAGAUUGUGCAUGACAAGCAUCAACUGCUCAGACAGAGAAGCUUUGUACCACCUGCUUAAAUUUAAAUUUAAUUACAUCAAUCAAUUUUUGCCCUGCA